AUGGCGGAGGCCGAGAGCAGCGUCGCGGACGAGUCGCUGGCCCAGUCCGAGGCCCAAGAUGAGCAGCAGACCCAUAACAUGACGGUCGGCAUCCGUCGCCAGGCAAAUGGCACGAUCGGCUCAGUCUAUUCGGGUAACAAGAUACGGCAUCUGAAGAAGGAGGAUGGGAUCCCUUUGUGGCGCAAGGACAUUCAGUAUCAGUUCCUGAAGCUGGUUUUCGAGGACAAAACGCCAGUCUUUACUCGCUGGCCCGAUGGGGAGAAGAAUCUGGACUUUGCUGACAUCUAUAUUGAUGCUAUGGCCAGAAGCAGCAAGACCAGUAAGAUUCUGAAGGAUAAAUUGCAGAAUGAUAAGCAGGCGGCCAUCAGCAUGGCGAUGGUUUGCUUGUUGGUCAACUUUGGGCGCAUGAACACCACGCUUAACUUUUUCCCCGAGAUGCGUGCUCAGCUGCGGACCUAUCACUCCAUUCCCUCACUUCAAGCCCACCAGGAUCCAAACGCCUACAAACAGCUGCAGGACGCCCCUCGUCUGAAAUCGAUCCUCAAAGGCGCAUCCGAAGACCAUGAUCAGCCCAACACGCUUGAUCGCAUCAAACGCCAUGAGAUCCCCCGCACAAACCCCGUCAAUCUGAUUUUCGUCCUCGCGCAAUAUGCUCCCAAGGUGUCAGAGAUGCAUUUUUUCCCUCCUCGCGACUUCUUUGACUUGGUUAUGAGAGGUACCCUCAGCAGUAGGAGCAGAGCCAGAGCCUUUCUUUGGUUGAUGUGGUGGUAUUUGGAAAGUGAUUUCUCCGCCGAGGCAGCUCGCAACAACCCCUUCGGCCCUGGUUUGGACGGUGAAGGGACUGGGGGCUUGCCUAUCAAGGUGCCUCAGUUCGAGAGUCUUACCGAGGAACAGGCAAACGAGGAGAAUGUGGACACUCAAUCCGAGGUUGAAUACGGUGAGGCCAAGCGCUUGGAACGUAAACGCAUCUUGGAGGACGACGAGCCGCUACCCAGAGUGCCUAAGCGCUCAAAGAAAGGUCUGCCUGACCUCUACGACGACGAAGCAUCAGGAGAUAUGUCCGGUCGGGGUGACGGCCGUCUAUCUACCAUGUCUACUCCGCUACAUCCAUCGGCCAAGCGUCAUCCGCUAGAUGACGAGGAUGACUACCUGACACCUGGGCACUCUGCACGUUCCCGGUCCAAGAGGCCUAAAAGAGAGUCCUCUCUCAAUCGUUCUCUUGGUCAGCAGCGUCUCAUCUUAAGAACAAAGAUGGAAAACACACCUGACGCUGCUUCUCCAGCUCCUCCAGGCUCGGGCCACCCGAUCUUGAAUCGAUUCGUGACGGAAAGCGCCCAACCCACCUCCGCCCGUCGACCACGACCACUCACUCAACACCAGUUGGCUGUCGAGCAGAACCGUCGACAGCGGAUCGAGUACAUUCUAGCCAAACGUAAGAGUGAGGCGUACCGGGUGCUGCGUGCCAAACGCGAAAGCGAAAUACCUAUUGUCCGCUAUGGUCGUCGUCUCUCCAAUCUCCCGGAAGGCUAUGACACAGAUGACGAAGAGAAGGCUUGGGGCAAAGGUGGACUGGUGCCAAAACCGGACGAGGAAGAAGAUUUUGGUGAAAGUGCCAGUUACUUCUUGUCUGUGAUUCGUAAAGCCGCAAGACGCCUGGACCGUUGGGACUACGAUGAUGCCAACGGGCCUAGCCGGGACCGUAAGGCAGAACGCGAGGAACGCCAGAAAGCGCGGGAGAUGAGGCUCGCCAUGGAGAACUCAGGUGAUCUUGCUGGGCGUAUCCCGUCUUCUGCCCGUAGUCGCGCUCGUGCUGCUCGCAAUGCCAAACGCAAGCUCGCAAACGCGGCAGCCAAUACCCCGUCCGCCAAAGAUGGUGGCGCUACAGGCUCUUCGCGGUCUAAGGCAAAUCGCAGUCGCUCCCAGCGCGAUGCCGGAGAUACCGUGGCGGCUACCCCAGACGCGGCCAAGGAUGGUCUGGACGUGCCUAGCCGGAGCCAUGAACUCUCACCUAUGCCAGGCUCAACUCACCCAGGCGAUGAGGACGAAGGUGACGAGGGGCUGGAUGAAAUUGACCGUGAACUUCUCGGCGAAGCAAGCGGUGAUGACGAUGGGGCUCCAACACCAGCGGCACGCGCGUCUCGAGCGGCAGAAGCCGGCUAUGAGGAUAGCUUCAUGGAGGCCGGGGAUGCUGAUGAGGACGCCGAAGGUCUCUCGUCCGAUGACAAUGAUGAUGAGGAAGUUGAUGACGAAGAUCUGGAUGAAGGAGAAGCAGAGGCGGAUGCUGACGAAAAUUCUUCGACGCUUGAAGGUGGCAAUGGGUAUGCUGCCAGCGAGACCUCUUCCGUGGCGGGCGCGGAGGGCGACACACUUGUAGCCGAUGAGACCAUGACAGAUAUAUGA